GAGCAGGCGGCUCUUCCGGCAACAAAGAGACGGGGCAGCGGCCCGGGAUAAAUACUGCGCUCCGGCAGCCGCGCAGCAUUCCCGGAGUCCAGAGGCGACACGCGACCCUCCUCAGCGCCUGCGCCCCUGUGAGUGCAAGGAUCCCCGCGCCCACCCGGGAUCCGCAGCCCUCCACACUAGUUCCCCCACUCUUGUCCGGGUCGCCGCCUGCGUCUUUCCCCAGCAUCUUCCCAACGCGCCGCAUCCCCUGGGCAAGCCAGGCCGGUUCCUGGCUGUCAGUCCGUCCCGUCCGUUGGUCGCGUCCGCGCUCGGUACCAUGCCGUUCCUUGGACAGGACUGGCGGUCCCCGGGCCAGAGCUGGGUGAAGACGGCGGACGGCUGGAAGCGCUUCUUGGAUGAGAAAAGCGGCAGCUUCGUGAGCGACCUCAGCAGUUACCGCAACAAGGAGGGGCACAGUAAGGAGAAUCUGUUCAACAGCCUGAACUACGAUGUGGCAGCCAAGAAGAGAAAGAAGGACAUUCAGAACAGCAAAACCAAAACUCAGUACUUCCAUCAAGAAAAGUGGAUCUAUGUUCACAAAGGGAGUACGAAGGAGCGCCAUGGAUACUGUACUUUGGGGGAAGCUUUCAACAGACUGGACUUCUCGACUGCCAUCCUGGAUUCCAGAAGAUUCAACUACGUAGUAAGGCUGUUGGAGCUGAUAGCAAAGUCACAGCUCACGUCCCUGAGUGGCAUCGCCCAAAAGAACUUCAUGAACAUUUUGGAAAAAGUGGUACUGAAAGUUCUUGAAGACCAGCAAAACAUAAGACUCAUACGGGAACUUCUCCAAGCCCUCUACACAUCCUUGUGCACACUGGUGCAGAGAGUCGGCAAGUCUGUGCUGGUGGGCAACAUUAACAUGUGGGUGUAUCGGAUGGAGACCAUUCUACACUGGCAGCAGCAACUGAACAGCAUCCAGAUCAGCAGGCCUGCCUUCAAAGGCCUCACGAUCACCGACCUGCCCGUGUGCUUACAACUGAACAUCAUGCAGAGGCUGAGUGAUGGGCGGGACCUGGUCAGCCUGGGCCAGGCAGCCCCAGACCUACAUGUGCUCAGUGAGGAUCGGCUGCUGUGGAAGAGACUCUGCCAGUACCACUUCUCAGAGAGGCAGAUCCGCAAGCGAUUGAUCUUGUCUGACAAAGGGCAGCUAGAUUGGAAGAAGAUGUAUUUUAAGCUUGUACGAUGUUACCCAAGAAGAGAGCAGUAUGGGGUCACCUUGCAGCUUUGCAAACACUGCCACAUUCUUUCCUGGAAGGGCACUGACCAUCCGUGCACGGCCAACAACCCAGAGAGCUGUUCCGUCUCACUUUCCCCUCAAGACUUUAUCAAUCUGUUCAAGUUCUGAGUAAUCCCAGCACACGACAACGCUUCGGACGGCUUCUGAGUGGAUGGCUGGGAGUCGGGACACUUCAUCUGUAAAUAGUGUACAUUAUAAGCAUUGGCUUGAAACUGCGGGGGAUACGUCACUGAGAAGACAUUGGCGGGGAAGAGAUGCAGUUGCCGAUGGAAAUCUACAAAUGCGAAUUCCACACGAGAACUGGUACAGAAAAGCAGAAAUCCUGUAAAUAGACUUUUUAUUUUCCCUAACGAUUUGCAAGCAAGACCAUAAAGGCAAGAACUCUAUGUCAGCCAUGGAAAUGGAGUCCUCUUGAGUUCCCGAGGAAGAAAAAGGCAAAAAAAACUCAAAAACAAGAUGGACCACUCUGUUUACAAUGUGAAAAUGUUGUAUAAGACAAAAAUAAGGAAGAAGGAAAAUGAAAAUGUCAUUGAGAAACCCUUGGGCUUUGGGUUUGGGUUCGGGGGUUUGUUUUCAGCAGGCAAAGAAGUAUAUCCACCCGAAAUCUGCACGGGCUUAAGUCCUUAUCCUGUGAAGAUGCCACACAAUGGUCUACCUCUAAAAGCGUAGCGAGCUCUCUGGCAACAUACUUUAUCUGGGAGGCAGUGUCUGUGUUUCAUGUAAGUUCUAUACUCUGUGAAGUGAUCUAAGAUGGGAAGGCUGUUAG